AUGUUGUUUAGAAAGAUUGGUAAUUUUUUAACUACAAAUAAUAAUGCGAGAAAUAUAAUUUCGCGAAAUUUAAACUUAGUACCAAUUGUCGUCGAGCAAACUGGCCGAGGAGAACGGGCUUAUGAUAUUUAUUCAAGAUUAUUGAAAGAUCGAAUUAUAUGUCUUAUGGGAGCAAUAACAGAUGACGUUUCGUCAUUGGUGAUAGCGCAACUAUUAUUCCUUCAAUCGGAGAGUAAUAAAAAACCGAUUCAUCUUUACAUCAAUUCACCAGGUGGAAGUGUAACAGCUGGAUUAGGAAUCUACGAUACAAUGCAGUACGUUCUUCCACCAAUAGCAACCUGGUGUGUAGGUCAAGCCUGUUCAAUGGCAAGUUUACUGCUGGCUGCUGGUGCCCCCGGUAUGAGACAUUCUCUUCCCAACGCAAGAAUUAUGAUUCACCAACCGUCUGGAGGAGUUCAAGGACAAGCUACUGAUAUUCAAAUUCAAGCGGAAGAAAUUUUAAAAUUGAAGAAACAAAUUAAUCAUCUGUACGUCAAACAUACUGGUCUUGAUAUCUCGAGAAUAGAAAACAGCAUGGAGAGAGAUAAAUUCAUGUCUCCAGCGGAUGCUAAAGAGUUCGGGAUAAUAGAUAAAAUUUUAGACCACCCAACACAAGAAAAAGAUGAAAAUAGAAGUUCACCAUCAAGAACUGAAAAUGUCAUUCAUGUUUAA